CCUCCUCCUCCUCCCAGUCCAUCUCCCCCCUCCGGAGCUGACUUCCUUCCCCAGCAGAGCCGACCCACCGCCUCUUUGGAGCUUCUUAACACUCAUUAUUAUUCCUCUCCUCCUCCACCUCCACGGUGGGCGAGGACCAACUAGGUUUCCACCCCCUCCCUCUUCCGACCUGCCCACCGGAUUGCAAGCUUUCCCUCCUCCUCCUCCUCCUUCUCCCAGUCCAUCUCCCCCUUCCCGAGCUGACUUCCUUCCCCAGCAGAGCCGACCCACCGCCUCUUUGGAGCUUCUUAACACUCAUUCUUAUUCCUCUCCUCCUCCUCCCUGCAGCCCAGGUCGGUGCCAGGUGGAUUGGGCCUUCGCCCGGCCGAGCAUGUGCCACCAUGGCGAGCCUGGGCUCCUGGCUCGGUGAGGCCCAGUGGCCGGCCCUGGUGACAGUGUUCCUGGCCGCCCUGGUCACCGUGGGCAUCUACCUGGUGCAAUAUGCCCGGGCCCUGGCAAUGCCCCGGGGCAGGAGGAGGGAAGGAGCCCCUGCAGAGGGGCAAAGAAGCGAAACGGACUCAAUCCUCAGCUGGGUGGUGGCCCUCGACAGCUGGACCGGCCAGUGGCGAGCCGCCUGGAUCGAUGCCCUCAACGCCGAGGCCCAGCGCCGAGGGGGCCCGCUGUUGCUCAAGUUUGAAGAGGACCAGCUUCAGCCACCUUUAGAACUGGCAGUCCAACAAGUUGUGAGCGUUGUCAAGUCUGCCCAGGAGAAGGUGGUGUCUUGUAAUGUAGUAGGUGAUUCGAUCCAGUUUACUGUCAACGUGCUGCCUUCUUCCCCUGCUUUCUCAGGAGACCAAGCUUUCAGGGUGCUGCUAGCGCCUUUUCAUUUACAGUUGGAACUGAAUAUGAAAGAAAAACGGGAAGACAUCCUGAUAAAGUGGUCCUUCAUUAAUGCCCCGGAAAUGACUGUGGAAGUCCAGCCUAAAGCAGUGCAGAAGCAGGGCCAAAUGGCUGGGACAGAUGCAGUAUCUGAAACACUUAAAGACAUUUUGAAAAAUCUGGUCAGCUCAGUGUCCCCAUCAGUGGUUUUGAGUACCAAACCGACAGAUGUGAAGGAUGUACAGGCUCCCCACCACAAAGCACCCAUUCCCCAAGGUACCUGCCCCCCUAAGCCCCCAAGGGCUCACGAACUCAAACUGCGGGUAAAGAACAUCCAAGCCAGGCUGUUGGCCGUAGCCAGGACUGCAGGUAGCAUUAACCCAGUGUGCAUAACUCAACUAAAUGAUCCUCUGCAGAAAUUCUCCAGCUCCGUAGCCAAAAAUACCACAAACCUCUCUUGGGAUGAGGAGUUCACCUUUGAAUUAAAUGCCAAAUCAAAGGAGUUACAACUGCAUAUUUCAGAAGAUGGGAAUUCCUCAGAUGGUCCGUUCUUUGCUCUGGCAACCAUUCCUCUGGAUUUGUUCAAGAAACAGCCUUCUGGACCCCAAAACUUUGCCCUGACCAGCGUGUCUGGCGACAGUAGCCCCGUUUUGGGAUCAGUCACCGCCGAGUUCUCUUAUAUAGAACCCAACGAGUCAAAGUCCUGGCAAAGUCCCUUCCCCGUUCCUGCUGCAAAAGUAGAAAAGGACCGGACUAUAAUGCCCUGUGGAACUGUGGUCACUACUGUAACUGCUGUGAAAACCAAACCACAUGUGGAUCUGGGGCGGGCAUCGGCACUGAACUCUGAUUCUCCUGUGAAAACUCCCAUUAAAGUGAAGGUGAUUGAAAAAGAUAUAUCAGUCCAAGCAAUUUCUUGCCACAGUGCUCCAGUCAGUAAAACUUUAUCUUCUUCCGAUACAGAGCUUUUGGUGUUGAAUGGUUCCGAUCCAGUGGCCGAAGUAGCUAUUCGACAGCUGAGUGAAUCUUCAAAGCUGAAACUCAAGUCUCCCCGGAAGAAGAGCACUCUUAUCAUAUCAGGGGUGUCGAAGACCUCAUUAACUCAGGACAGUGAAGCUGCAUUGAUGCUGGACUAUGCGGCCACAAUGGACAGCCCAGGCCAACAGGAAGUCCCUUUUCCUCACGGGGAGGCUGUGGCCAUUGACCCUGCCGAUGAAAAACUGUCGACCCAUACGCCACCUGCCCUGGACCCCCAGGGAAAUGAACUCGGUGUCUGGGAGUUGGAGAAGGACAUCCCAUCUGGGGAGUGGAACAGUAAUACCCAGUCAGACCAGGAUGUUGAAGAGAUGUCUGGAAGUUCGUUAAGUGUUUCUGAGCCAGGAGUUCUAAAGAAAUCCAAAGGUGGAAUGUUAAGGAAGGGGGCGAAACUCUUCUUCCGACGGCGACAUCAUCAGAAGGAUCCCGGGAUGAGUCAGUCCCACAAUGACCUUGUAUUCCUCCAGCAGCCAAAUGAGGGAAAGGGAGCGACGCUAUCCCGGAUUUUGAAUAGGAAGAUACUUUCCAAGCACAGGAGCAAGAGUAAACUGAAUGGCACUUCUGUGGAUCCCAGUACAUAAAGCCCAGUGCUGCUGACUAUUUGAACUUGCACGUCAACUGACCGGUUGUUUACAAGGCAACACUAGAAGAUGUGAACGUAGAAUUCGACAGGCAUUAACGUAACCCGCUAAUGUGUGGUGAUCCAGGAGUAAUAAACUGCCUAGUGGGCCAAUUUUGCUUUCCAAAACCGUAGGCUUCAAAAAGGAAGACAGGCCAGAGCUCAAAACAGGGUUUGGUAUGGACUUUUUGAAGAUAAUGUCCAAAAAGCCGGGUGGCCAGCAAUGUUCAGUGAGAACUUAUUCCCAACCAAAAAUUUAAUUUUGUGAUAGUGAUGGAGCAGAGUUUGAUUUUUUUUUUUUAAGCUAAGGAUAUAAUCUUACUAUAUCUAAUCUGAUUUUGAAGAGUCAGCAUUGAACUGAAUGUAAACUCUGAGAAGUGCUGUGUGCCAGAUAUCUGGACCCUGAUGUAAGGAGGUGGCACGUCUCCGGGGCUAUGCAUUACUGCCCUGUUUGAAUUGGUUUAUGAGACGGAAGAGGGAGAGAGGCCUUUAGUGAAGGAAAAAAGGGGCUGAUAAAAAUAUAUGUCCAGAAACAGUAAAAAUGGGAAUAGAGAUUGGCAAUUUGAUAUAGUAGGCCUAACGUAGAAGGGGCCUUUGAUAUUAGCCAUAACUUAUAACUUGAUAAAUUAUGCAAUUACUUAAUACUCUAUGCAUAUAGGACACUAAACAUCUUUUUCUAGGUUUACCUUGAACCUACUUGCAAAUGAAAAGCAUUUACGGGUUCUUAGUAUUUUGACAUUUUUCUCUACUGUAUCAAAAGGUAUACUGCCAGUGCAGUAGUUAAAUUCACAUAGAAUACUUGUCAAGCCAAUGUCGUAACAAGCCUAUCAUAAUUGAAGCUAUGAGCAAUAAUACAUAUUUAAUUCAGCAUGUUAUCCCUAUUUAGGUGACUCUUCAUUAGCCCACAGUUCAUUUGCCAGACAUUACCAAAAGCCACAAACUGAGUAGUUUUGAGGACACUUAACAUCAUUUUGUCUCUCAGAUAAUGGUCUUUUUAAAAAAUGCCAUUUUGGUAAAAAUUACAGUUUUCACUUCGGUCCAUGAAUUUCUCAUAUCUCCUGUCAAACUCCAGUUUUGAUGUUGGGAACACUUUAGUGGAUUUUAAUUUUUUUUCCAGAGUGAGUAUCUUGUAAUCAGGGCCCAGAAUUUCAAUAUUUACAAAUAUUUUAUAGCCUAGAUGCCUAUCUCUUAGUACUUGUAAAUUUUUUUAAAUUUAGCUUUAUUUAAAAUAUGCCUGGAGGUUAAAAGAACCAUACAGUUCUUUUGUUGACAUGUUCAGUAAAGGCAAAUGACCUAAGUUUUAAGGUACAAGAUUGUGACUGUUUAGCAUGGUUCUGAUGUCUUUCUCAAUAAUUAAAAAGACAUUACUGGGAAAUAUAUUUUUUUUAAUUAAAUGAAGAACUUGUGUUAGAAAAGAUGAGCUUUGGGGUACCACCAAAUACACUUAGCUAAAAUGGGCUUCUGGUCCAUAACCCAUCUACAGUGGGCUACUGGUCUAUACCUAUCUUCUAUAUUCCAUAAAUAACCAUAGGAAAGAGCAAGAGGAGGGUAUUGAUUAGCAAAAAUUUUCUAUGGACAAGUAAAAAUUGUAGCUAAUUUUUUAUUUAAAAUAUUUUGAGUUUUAAAAAAAUACAUAUUUAUGAAAAUCUUGGGUUCACUACCUUGUCACUUUACAGUAUCCUACAAGACACCUUACCCUAAAUCAACCUAAGACACUACUGAUGUCUCAAGAUAAAUAUAAUGCAUAAGGAUCCCUUACUGGAAAAUCUGAAAUUCCCAACACCCCCCUCUCCCCUUGGCCACAAAGUGAGAAGUUAGGAUUCAGUACUUAUUUUUUUUUGCUCUAUUGUAGCCUCACUACCAACAUAUCCUCUAAAUUGCCAUUUACUGGUAUGAGAGAGAACCUGAAUCAGAACAGGUAAAUGAAACCAAAUGAUCCUUUAAGAAUCAACAGCUAAUAUUUGAACACCAAAGACAAUUUUAGCCAAAAUUUUGCAUCUUGCCUUCCAAGCCUUAAAGUGGGAUCCCUGAACACUCUACAGUGAAAGCGCAUCAGAUGGAGUUUUGGGGGAUAGGCUUUUGGCUUUUAUUUUCUAGCUGUUAAAGUGAAAAUAAUUGUUGUCCAAUACGCAGGGCUUAUUGGUCCUAAGGAAUCUCAAGGGUCAGAUAAAUCGCUUGCGUUGUAGUAUGCACACCGUGUUCGCCAACAUGUGCACAAAGCCAGUUCCAUAUCGGGGUCAUAUUCAGUUGGUAGACAUCUAAAAUGUGGAGUGAAAACAUGCAUUGCAUUCAAACCUGACUGGGCACCUUCCCUGCUUCUACCGCACCACUUUGCUACUGCGUUAAUUUUUGUAUUAUCCUUCACAAAUAACUACUUAUUUUUUCCUGACUGUUUUUGUACUGCUAACAAUCUCAGGAGCUACUGAACGCCCCCUACGCUGCCAUGAUUUUUCAUCCUAACUACUUGUUAGCCUGUUACGUACCAUGUCCCAUCAGGCUCAGAAGGGUGUAUGAAUAAAUGGUUAGCGCUUGAGGAAUUCCCAAAGUAUCCUGAUCCUCUUUUUUUUUUUUUUUUUGGAACCCUACUGAGAGUCCCUUUUUCCCCCCCACUUGAUUUAAUAGUUUUCAACUAUAUUCUUCCAACACCCCUCCCCGCCCCCCGUAAUGUUUUAGACCGAGUCCCAUGACAAACAGGGACUGUGUCCAAGCUGAGUCAUCUUGAAUUUAUCUCAGCACACAGCACAGUGCUUGGCAUAUAGUGAGCUCUUAAUAAGUAACAUUAUUAUGUGAGAUGCUCCCUUUAAUGUUAAUGGAGUCCUAGAGCCACUUUAGUUUACGUUUUUAGGCUCAUACGAAAGAUUCUCUGUGCAGGAUGACAGGGCUCCCAUAUUGAUACUGUGAAUAUUUGCCUCCAUCGAAUCGCUACCCUCUUUAGAGAUGUACUGUUUCUGGAGGGGUGUGUGUGUAUGUAUAGUUGAAGCUAAAUUGGAAAUGGGAUUAAACAUCAAAACUUUAAAUACUAAUCUAUAGAACACUUUUUUCAUGUGCUUUUAUUGGCUUUGUAAGCCUUUUUUAAGAACCGGCUAAAAGGAAUUUUCUGGCUUCUAGGAGUUAGUCAAGCACUGGAUUUGUGUUCUUACCAUAAUGUCUCCAUCCUUGUGUAUCCAAAGGGAGUGUGGUGCUCACCUGUUUUAAUGGGCUGAUAACACUGUUGUGUAAUGUUUACUUUGUUUAAUGUCUUUCUCUUGGAGGGGGGGGAGGAGGAUGGGUCCUCAGAACAGUUUCACUGAGUUGAUCUACUGAUCCAGGAAGAUGUUAAAGGAAUACCCUAUCUCAUUGCUUAAAGUGAAGAUUUUUACAGGGAUUAAAAAAAGGGGCAGCUGAUUGGAGAUGGGUUGUAGAGCACAGCGCCUUUCACAUCAGUCCCAACUCCCAGUCUGUUGGAAGUGACAGAAAGCAUUCUUGUGAUCCUCGCUUGUAAAAUGGCUGGCUCUUGACUUAAUUUGGUUUCAACUGGUGCUCACUUUCCACUUUGUGUAAGCACCUCAGCUGAACUGGUUUUGAACUCAUAAUUUGCCUCUAAUUCCUCUGGGAAAGAAGGGUCUGAGUUUUGCCCUUAGGCCUGUACUGUGCCUGAACCCUGGACUCAUUGGCUUCUCCCUCAUUUUGCUCAAAAAAAAGUAGGUUUAUGUUUUUAAAAGUCAUAUGGAGUUAGAUGGUUAAAGACGACGAAAGCUGACCAUCUUUAUAUCUGAGCUAGAACUAUGAGCACCCAGCAAGUGCUGAGACCUCAAAACCAACCAGGGUAUUAGAGUGACCAACGGGGCCAUUGCAGAUUUUUUUGCAAAGAAAACUCAGGUUUCCUUCAUUUAAUUCUUCUCCACUUUUCUGCUCAAGUGGAGGGGGUAGAGGGGAGAUACUGACAAUGUGGUAGGACUGUUCCAUAUGAUGGCAUGACUCCUAAUGCAAUCGGGAACAUACCACCAUAGGUUUAGCCUAUGGCUUUUUCCAGGUCACUUCCACCACCCUGCAAGUGUGCAAUGGCUUGAUAAUCAAGUUUUAAGAAAACUUGGCUACUGAUUGUAAUCCUCUACAGCACUUUUAUUCACCGUCGUACACUAAAUUUGGUGCAGUUAAGAUCUGCAUGGAUUUACUAGUAUAGAUAUGGAUGGGAAGCAUGGAAGAGCUUUUUAAUAAAAGUAUGCACAAAAUCUUAACCAC